UAAAGUGAGACGUCAAAAUAGACUCAGCAGCAAUUUAGUGUCGACGUCCUGAAAUUACAGAGUUCCGAUCUUGGCGCAAUAUAGUUAUAAUUUGCAAUAUUUUUGAAAGAUUUCGAUUGGAGAAGGAAUCAUGCGAGUAGUCUACCAACUGCUGUUGUGGGUAUUUGUUUUCUGCCGUUACACAACACAAGAAGAAAAAAGCUGCCGCGAUGACCUUGGAAUGAAAAGUAAAGGAAUACCAGACGAGAGUAUUGCAGCAUCGUCUUCAAAAAGUGCAGAUAACUCCCCACAGUUUGCACGUUUGGACGGAAAAAAGGCCUGGUGCUCUGCGCCAACGGACAAAGAGCCACACAUACAAAUCAAUCUGGUCGAGCCAAAGUCAAUAACUGGCAUAACAACUCAAGGAAGCUUUUCUGAUUGGGCGUGGGUAACAAAAUAUGAAGUCAAGUAUUUAGAAAAAGGAACUUGGAAACACUACGAUGAGGAAUUUGAAGGCAACAAAAAUAUUAAUGGCUUGAAGCCGAACACCUUAAAUCCUCCAAUCAGAACACAGUCGAUUAGAAUCUAUCCCAAGGAUCCAGUGACGUUGGAUAGCACCGAUCCUAAACCCUGCUGCCUAAGAUUAGAGCUGUAUGGAUGUUCUGCACCAGCCAACUGCAAAAACCCCGGAAAUCCAUCCAACGGAAAGCGAAAUGGGAGCGAUUUUGGUCAUGGUAAACAGGUAAACUUCACCUGCACGGAAGGUUUCAUGCUAGUGGGAAGCGCAACAUCUGUUUGUCAUAAGGGUACAUGGAGUCAUACCCUUCCUCAAUGCAAAGCUACCUGUAAAGAUCCUGGAGUCCCAGUGAAUGGAAAGAGAAAAGGAAAGUCAUUCGUCGAUGGCGACACAGUAGAGUUUACUUGCGACGAAAACUUUAGCCUCUCUGGUUCAUCGAUCAGUCGUUGUUUGGGUGGAAGGUGGAGCGUGGCUUUGCCAGAAUGCAAAGCUUCUUGCCCAGACCCCGGUAUACCUGUGAAUGGUGAAAGGGUUGAUGGGAGUUUUGAACACGGCAAGCACUUACAGUUCAAGUGCAAACCAGGAUUUUGGCUGGUAGGAAGUCAACUGAUCUUUUGUAAUGAGGGCACGUGGAGCAACGAAAUUCCCACGUGUAGAGCUGUUUGUAGAGAUCCUGGAGUGCCAGAAAAUGGAAUCAGGAUCGGAGACGAUUUUGGAGAUAGCCAGAUGGUGGCUUACAGAUGUAAUGAAAACUUUAACUUGGUAGGCUCACCUACCUCGUUUUGCAUAGCUGGACACUGGAAUACAACAAAGCCAACUUGUAAAGCAUCCUGUCCUGAUCCUGGUGUACCGAGUCAUGGCAGAAGAAUCGGUUCUAAUUUUGGUCACGGUGGCCUGGUGACAUUCGUGUGUUUAAAGGAUUUCAACUUGAUAGGAAGCCAGUCCAUGACUUGUCACGACGGAAAAUGGAGUUCUGUUGUCCCUGUUUGCAAAGCAUCAUGUAAGGACCCAGGCUCUCCCAACAAUGGAGUCAGACAUGGUAACGACUUUGAUCACAACAAGCGAAUAUCCUUCACAUGUCUCCCGGGAUUUCAACUGACGGGGACUUCGAACGCGGUGUGUAUCAAUGGAAAGUGGAGUGCAUCCAUGCCUCAAUGCAAAGCUGUUUGCGUCGAUCCUGGUAAGCCUGUUCAUGGAAACAGAAUAGGGAAUACCUUCCUUGAUGGUCAGGCUGUGGCAUUCAGUUGCCAACCGGGUCACACACUGAUUGGCGCGCCGAUUCUGCGGUGCGUUGCUGGAAAAUGGAAUAAGCCAACACCCGAGUGUAAAGCCUCGUGUCCAGACCCUGUUGCUCCUAUAAAUGGCCGAGCUAUUGAUCUAAAGCCUGGUUACCGUCACGGAGAACGAGCGAAGUUUUCGUGCGAUUCAGGUUUUAAAUUGAUAGGAUCAUCAAACAUCAGGUGUCUCGAUGGAAACUGGAGCUCGACGGCUCCCUUAUGUACAGAUAUCGACGAGUGUUCAGAGGGAGUAUCCCGCUGUCACUCCAACGCUGAGUGCUCAAACACCAUUGGUUCUUUUACGUGCAGAUGUAACGCAGGCUCAGCUGGAAAUGGCAAGACUUGUUUGAAGAACUGCAAUGAUCCAGGCACACCACAAAAUGGUCAAAGAAACGGCAGUGAUUUCGUUCAUGAAAGUAAAGUAACUUUUACAUGCCAAACUGAUUUUAAGCUUGUCGGAAGCAGUAGUAUUACUUGUCGUGAUGGAACAUGGAGUGGCAGAGUUCCUAUAUGUAUGGCCAGCUGCAACGAUCCAGGAGUUCCCUUGAAUGGUUCCAGGACAGGCGACAACUUUCAACACGGACAAGCUGUCAGCUUUUCAUGUGAUCGUGGCUACACGUUGAUUGGUAGGAAGGCAAUAAGGUGUCAGAAAGGAGUAUGGAGUUCAUCUUUACCGCAGUGUAAAAUGAGCUGCAAUGAUCCAGGUAGGCCAGCCAACGGCCAAAGAAGAGGCAAUGAUUUCCACCACACAAAGACAGUAACUUUUACAUGUCAACCUAAUUUUACGCUUGCUGGCAGCAGAGCUAUUACCUGCCGUGAUGGAACAUGGAGUGGCAGAGUUCCAGUGUGUAUGGCGAGCUGCAAAAAUCCUGGAGUUCCACGUCAUGGUGUAAGGCCAAGCGACAACUUCCAACAUGGACAAACAGUCAAUUUUGGGUGUAAAAGUGGCCACACAUUGAUCGGUAGUAAAUCAAUAAGAUGUCAGAAUGGAGUUUGGAGUUCAUCUUUACCGCAGUGUAAAGAGACAUGCGAUAAUCCAGGUACACCGAAAAACGGCCAAAGAAAAGGCAGUGAUUUCCGUCACGGAAGGAAUGUAACUUUUACGUGUCAAACUGAUUUUAAGCUUCUCGGUAGCGAGACUUUAACCUGCCAUGAUGGAACAUGGAGUGGCAGAAUUCCCGUAUGUUCAGCCAGCUGCAAAGAUCCAGGAGUUCCACUGAAUGGUUCCAGGACAGGCGACAAUUUUGAACAGGGAGAGACAGUCAGUUUUUCAUGUAAUCGUGGCUACACUUUGAUUGGUAGGAAGGUCAUAAGGUGUCAUAAAAGAGUAUGGAGUUCAUCUUUACCACAGUGUAAAAAAUCCUGCACUGAUCCUGGUAAACCACGGAAUGGUCGCAAAAUUGGGGGAGAUUACCGUCACGGAAGGACAGUGUCUUUUGUUUGCCAACCUACGUUUAAACUGACAGGAGUGAACAGAAUCACAUGCCGUGAUGGGACAUGGAGUGGCAAUGGCCCCACAUGUAGAGCGACAUGUCGAGCCCCGACCAACAUAAAACAUGGCUCUUACAUCGGAAGUAAUUAUGCUGGAGACAGCGUCACAUUCACAUGUGACGAUCAGUACUUUUUAGAUGGCUCUUCUGUCAUCACUUGUGUUAAUGGGCGAUGGAAUGGAACUUCACCCAUCUGUAGAGCUCCGUGCUCUCCUCCGAUUCCACCAGCUAACGGUUUCGUCUUUGGUGAUAACCACCAACACCAAUCGCUUGUUCAGUUCUGGUGCGAUCAAGGUUAUAUAUUAGAGGGCCCAGCAUCCCGUGAGUGUAUCGAUGGAAAGUGGAAAAAGAAAGCUCCAUACUGUAAAGACACCAAAUCAUGUAGAAAGCCUACCCUUCCGCCGAAUGCAUAUCUUAGACCCUCGCAGUCUCAGAUGGAAGUGUUUCCUAAUGGUGCAAGAUUGUAUUAUCUGUGCAAUCCAGGAUACUGGCGGUCUGGAUUUUCCAUUCAAAGAUGUGAGAAUGGAAAAUGGACCAAAGCGACUCUCAGAUGUCAACGUAAGUAUUUUAGAAUCUUUCAAUUACGUGAAGGAAGUGUAUAUUUAGAGCAUAAGUUAUUCACAAAAUCUGUUUCCGUUUUACUCUCUCGCACAGCAAGAUCUUGUGGUGACCCAGGAUCGAUUACAAAUGGCGAAAAAAGCGGCUACGUGUAUACAUACAAUAGCACAGUCGAGUACUCUUGUCAUCCUGGAUAUUCAAUUGUGGGAUCCAAGACUCGUUUAUGCCAAGCCAACGGAACAUGGAGUGGAACAUUACCCCGAUGCACAAAGGUGAAAUGUCGUCCUCUUACUGCUCCUCCAAAUGGAAGGAUUGUCGAAUCUUCCACUUCCCUCAACGGAAAAGUGACAUUCCGCUGCGUUGGCAUGCGAUAUAAAUUGGUUGGACCGUCAACACGGACGUGUCUCUCAAAUGGACAGUGGAGCGGUACACAGCCAUCAUGUGAUUUGAUUGUUUGUCCGGAUCCCGGAAUUCCUGUAAACGGCAACAGAUUCAACCGCACUAACUCUGUGCGAUUUUCUUGCAAAGGAAAAUACAAACUUGUUGGAGCAUAUAUAAUCUACUGCAUGAAAGAUGGUACCUGGAGCAGACCUACGCCUAAAUGUUUAGCCCCAUGCCCAAACCCCGGCACGCCCAAAUAUGGCAGACGGAGUGCAAGUGAUUUCAGACAUAACCGAAAAGUUCGAUUCCGUUGUAAAAAGAAUUUUCGACUUGUCGGCUCUAAAGAAAUAACUUGCAGAAACGGACAAUGGAGUGGAGCUACACCUACUUGUCAAAAAAGAAACUUGCCUUGAGAAGGGAAGAAAGAACAAUCAGAAAAAACUAUUGACAAGGAGAAUCAUUUUUAAGCUUUUAAGUAUAUAGAUAAUAUUAUUUUUGUUUCAUAUUAACAAUAUCAAAGAUAUGCUGUAGGUUUGAGUUCUGCUGUUUCUAUAAUAUUCUUGCUUCUGUAAUUUAUUGUUAAUGGCUUUUAUCAUGUUUCCGAUUGAGGUCGGCAGUUGAACCUUCUACGACGCCUACCGCUCCGGCGAGAACAGCCAAUUUGCUGUAGCCCCAAGAUACUUCCAGUUGUAGGAAGAUUCAAUUUUAGUUACAACAAAUUUAAAGCAUCAUUAGAUGCGCAGGCUAGACAACAAUUUGUCCACAAAUAGUGGAGUAAAGCUAUUAAAGACAUUUAAAGUUAA